AACUAAAGCACUACCCUGAGCCCAUCAAUAUAUAACUAGACAUUUUGAUUUAUAAUUUCGUUAAGUUUGAAAGAUCAAUAUUCCUCAACCAUUAUUACAUUGAAUGAAUGAUGUCAUCCCAAACUACCCUUGAAGAAAAUAUUGUGGAGCUACAAAUAUACAUAGAUACAAAUCAAACACCCCAAAAUUCACGACCAAAGAUACAAAGGGUGCCACGGUAUGUCAAAAAUAGAACAAAAUUUAAGGAGCAUUACAGCCCCAAGUUUGUGUCAAUAGGUCCUAUCCAUCAUGGCAAUACAGAUCUAAAGUUAGGAGAGAAGUACAAGCUUAUGUGGGCAGCAAAAUACAUCAAAAACACUGGAAGCAUUCAAAAGGAUCUAUACAAAAAAAUUGCUGAUAACAUUGAUGAAUUGAAGGGCCAUUUUAGCGACGAUGUUUUAACUUUAACCGGCGAGUCUCUUGAAGGCUAUCAUAGCCUUGAAGAAAAGUUAUCAUGGAUGUUGUUCGUGGAUGGAUGUUCUUUGCUACAUAUCUUGGAGAAAACCAUGCUUUAUGAACCAGGGCACAUGAAUGUUAAGGUUGAUCAACUGGUUCUUGUGAUGAUGGAUGUGCUUUUGUUGGAGAAUCAACUUCCUUAUCAAGUACUCAAGCUAUUGUGGAAAGAUAGCAAUGAGAGUGAAUUGAUAAAAAUUAUGACGAAUUUCCUCGACUGUCAUCAUUGGGCCACACUAGAUAAUAAGAGAAGCCGGAGGUGGCAACUCAAUCAAGAUACAACAACAAUACCCGCUCAUCUUCUUGAUCUUCAGCGUAAUAUCAUCCUCAUUAAAUCUACACCCAAGAUUGAAAACUAUAAAGCUAACAAGGAGAAUUGGAGAAUGAAGACGAUAUACAUGAACAUAAAAGAUCUAAAAGCACUAGGAAUAAGACUUAAGUCAAGCAAGACACGAAGGCCAAAAGACAUAGAUUUCACCGAAGGAUGGUUCACUGCAGAACUAACUCUUCCUGAGAUCGUUGUGGACGACACAUCAGCCACUACUUUCCUCAACCUGAUAGCAUAUGAGAUGUGUCCAAAUUUUGACAACGACUACGGAAUUUGUUCUUUUGUAGCUUUUAUGGACUCGCUCAUCGACCAUCCUGAAGAUGUGAAGGUACUGAGAUCAAAAGGAAUUUUGCUCAAUUCCCUUGGGAGUGAUGAGGAAGUUGCCGAACUUUUCAAUAUCAUAGGUACUGACUUGGUACCUAACCCAGAAACAUAUUUUGAAGUUAAAGCCAAAAUGAUUGAUCAUUACUAUAAAUACAGAACUGGGAUAGUGCGGGGUUAUUACACUUACUUCAGGAUUGCUGCAUUUAUCGCCAUUGCUCUUACUUUCAUUCAGACAGUGUUUACAGUUUACCCGGCAUUCAAAAAAGAUGGUUAGUUAUGACAAUGUUGUUUUCGUUAUGGCACUUCUCUAUGGAUUGUAUACCUUCUUGAGUCUUAACAAUGAGUAUUUAAAAAAUGAGGAGCGUCUUUUUUUU